UGAGAAACUGAUCAUCUCUGUGUCUUUGGGGAUUACUUGUUGCUCUCCCUGUCACAGAAGUUCCCAGAACUAACAUUUCCCAUCUGCAUGCUUUACUUCACCUACAGAACAUGAAAAAUUUAUCCCAUUUAAGAAAGACACAAUGAAUUUUACAGGUCUUAUCAGUUUUUUAACCGUAUUCAUUCUUACCCAAUGCCAAGAAUCUCCUAUUUCUGUUUUUGACCUUCUUGAAGGACUGCGUUUGUCAGACACACCAGAUGUAAAAACAGUUAAUGGAUCAAAUCCAAAUUUAACUGCAUUGCGCAUAAAGCCUGACAUACAUUUAAAGAAAAAUGCAAGCUCUUUCCCUCCAAAUGGAUUGCCCAAUGAUUACUCCAUUAUAGUUACUUUUAAAUUGUUGGUGGACACACCUCAGAAAAUUGAAAAUUUAUGGCAAAUAAUCGAUUCUGAUGAGAAACAAAAAGUUGGACUUUAUUUCCAUAAAAGUACAAGGUCUUUAGAUUUCUUCUACUCUUCCCCAGAAAAGACAAUCAUAUUCAAGACACAUAACAAAUUAGGCACGUUUUUUGAUGGCAAAUGGCACAAGCUGUCACUAAGUGUAAAAGGAGACGAGGCAAAGAUGAUUUUAGACUGCACAGAAAUCAAUGCAAUUCCACUAUUGGAACAAACAACCGAUGCCAAGAAACUGUUUGCGAAAAGGGACGUAGGCUCAUCUCCUUUAGUUGACAUCCAGCAACUUGAAAUACAUUGCGAUCCAGAAAAGGCUUCAGCUGAACAAUGCUGUGAGUUGAAUGAUCAAUGUGGAGGAACAGCAGAAUUGAGCCUUGGCUCAGACCGUCCUGGGUGUAAAUGCUCCCAUGGAGUGUUAGGUCUCCAAGGAGAUGCGGGGCAAAUGGGGCAUAAAGGACAUGAAGGAUCCAGAGGAGAACCUGGACAGAUAGGAAAUCUGGGAGUACGAGGUAGUCCAGGGCAAUAUGGAAGACUUGGAGACCCAGGCCCCAAAGGGGAAGCAGGAAUAAAGGGUGAAAAAGGAGAACAAGGAAUUACUGGUGAAAGGGGUGAUCGUGGUGACCCUGGCUUUAAAGGAUUAACUGGAGCAGAAGGGUUUAAAGGAAUUACAGGACCAUCUGGAGUCAGAGGAAUCCAAGGGCCAAAAGGAGAGAAGGGAGAAGAAGGUGAAACGGGAUUUGAAGGAAUUACCGGAUUCAGAGGUGUGAAGGGUGAUGAUGGUUUUCCUGGAAAAGAGGGCCGUCAAGGACGACAAGGUCAAAAGGGGAUUAUUGGAGAUUCUGGAGAACCAGGAAAGCAAGGAUUUAAAGGCAUGCCGGGUGUCCUUGGUCAAAAAGGUCGUCGAGGGUCUCAAGGUCCCCAGGGAGUUCUAGGAGACCCUGGCAGUUCUGGAAGGGAUGGGAUUGAUGGAGUUGAGGCCUAUCAAGGACCUCAAGGAUCUAAAGGUCGUUCAGGAGUCUUGGGGUACAAGGGAGAAAAAGGACGUCUGGGACAGCAAGGUCCCGAGGGGCCUCGAGGAAGAACUGGAAUUCCGGGGCCAAAAGGCGAAGCAGGAAGACCUGGAAGACCGGGAUUUAUUGGUCCCCCUGGUGCAUCUGGUCAUGUAGGACUCACUGGAGCACCAGGACCAAAGGGAAGUAUUGGGCUCCAAGGAUUCAAAGGCAAAGAGGGUGCACAGGGUGAAAAAGGAACAAAGGGCCCUAAAGGACGUAUAGGAGACACUGGAUUGAGAGGCCCUGAAGGAGAACUUGGUAAAAGAGGAGCUCCAGGAGAGACUGGCGCUCGUGGUCAACCAGGGGAACAAGGUCUUCCUGGCGAUCCUGGGAAUCCUGGAGAUAUUGGACCAAUAGGAUCGAGAGGACCAUCUUUUCCAGCUUCCCAUGUAAUUGAGGUCUGCCAAAAGUUUGUUCUGGAACAAAUGUCUUCAUAUGCACAGGCUGUAAGGCGACAAUGUGCUAGUGCUUGCCCAUUGUUUGGCGAAGUACCUAUGGGUGCUCCAGGACCUGUUGGCCUACCUGGACCACAGGGACGACCAGGUACACCUGGACUGAAAGGAGAGGAUGGGGAAACAGGGCCUGAAGGAUUCUAUGGAGAAUCAGGUGAUCCUGGUGCAAAAGGCCAACAAGGCGAAUAUGGAGAUAAAGGUGACAAAGGUCCAAAAGGAUAUGGCAUUGUCGGAUUUCCAGGGGACCCUGGACCAAGAGGUGAAAGAGGACAGCCUGGAAAAGUAUUUGAUGGUGAACCUGGUUCAAUGGGCCCUCGAGGACACAGAGGACAGCCUGGCUUAAUAGGCUAUUCCGGAUUAAGAGGGCUCCCUGGUCCAUGUAUCGCUGCAAACUGUGAAAAUGUUCAACCUACCAGUGAACCACAGACAGAAACAGACCCUUAAGACGAUCUAUGGACUGACAGAAGAAAAACAAAAUGUUUAUUGAGAAGCGAUAAUUGGGCAAACAUCCCCUUUGAAUUAUUUGUUUAUUAAAUGAACCAUAAUUGCAGCAUAUUUUCAGUUGCAACACCUUCUAACUGAUUGUGAAGAUGAAUUUGGUUACUGAAUGAAAUCAAAGCAAUAUAUACCUCAUAAACAUACUUGUCAGUUCUUUGGGAUAUCCAAGGAGGUUUCCUGUCUGACAACUCAUUAUUAUGCCUUAGCUAAAUUAUUUUGUUCUUUACGUGAAUUGAGUCACACAGAGUGCUUCCCAUUUACUGGCAGCCAUUUUAGGAUAUCCUCUAAUUUUUUGAUAUUGGAGCACUACUCAUUAAACUUCCUUGUAGACUGACUCAGUUUACUAUUAGGUUUAGUUCCUGCUUGGGACCACCACUUUCCUUAUCAACGAAGAGGAAGAGAUAUCUGGGCUUUAGACCCAACCAUUGUCCCUGUAUAUGUUCUCUGAUAUCUUCUGCUUUAACCGUGUCUUAUGUUCCUAUAUAUAACAAUAGUUAAUUGGAUGAAAUUCCUGUUGCAAACUGUGUUAUUUCUCCAAAUUAAAUAUAGAAAUUGAAGUUUAACUAGAAAUAAUAUUGAAAUUACUCAUUUAUCCUACCUACUCCCACAGAUUAUAAAGAAACUGUUGAGAAAAGGAAACCAGCACAUACAAUAACAUAAGUAAUUGAAUACUAAGUAUAUUUGCAAAAUGGUUUGUACAUUUUAUUGCCAUGAUUAUAUUUGGAAUUGUCUAUUGCUUCUACAGGUUUGUGAUUGAAUAUAUAGAAAUCAUUUGGAGGUAUUUAUUUAUAAUAAUAAUAAAAUAGAAAAUCUCUUGAAUUUUAGGAAUAUGCUAUUGGAAUAGACGACAAGUUUGCAAGGGAUAAUGUUAAAAUCAUUUGAAAAAAGCCUGCUUAGAAUAACAGGGGGAUUUCCAGUGUUCAAUAUAUUAGCUUCCAGCCAAUCUUUUCAUUAGUGUAUAUGAAUUCCACUGCUUAGAAUGUUUAAUUUGGAGGAAAGUAAUGGAAUUAUAUUGUAUAACCCCUGUGAGACAAUAAACACAUUCAUGGAUUCAAACACA